AAAGCUGUUCUUCCCCAGCUCUUGUCCUGUUGUAUGGAGAGCGGAGCUCCGAGGUGGACGGACAGGAGUCACAUACAGCUUCGGAUUCCGCAUCAGAGGGACUCACAAUACAUUGCCAAUCUCAAGGUAGAACUUGCUCUUAAUGAGCCCUGAUAGCCUUCUGGUACUGGACUUUAAAAUACUUAAAAAUUAUUCAUUUAACCAGCAGUUUUGUGACGUUGGGUCAAGUUUCCUCUGCACUGUGUUACGUUACCGGACAAAGGAUAACAUCACCGACUAGUUGUAUUUACUGAUGAACAAUAUCUGGAAAUACCUCUGAAUUGUCUGUUUAACCCAUGCAUUUUGAUUUAAAAAGGCUGCUUUCAACUGAAUGAGUUGCUCUUGGCUCAUUUGUUAUUAUAUACCUGUAGCAGCAGCAACUUGCUAAUAACGGGAACGAUUUAGCAGUGCAUUGAUCAGCUUUGCUACCGUUACCAGCUUGACAGAUUCGGUUGAUUUUAGUUUAAAUUUACUCAAGAAAAUGAUGCGGAUGCCUAAAGGCGUCUCUCCGGCAUCGGUUCGGCCAGUAGCGGGACUGGCUUGCCCUCAGCAGAAGAUGAAGGUUUUGUCCACCGGAGGAGUGAAGACCGAGUUCUUCAACACCGGACUGUCCAGCCCGCCGAUGAGCACGGUACCAGCCGGCUAUUUCACCCAGAUCUGCAACACCGCCACGGCUGAACAAAGAGCCAACAGCCUGUACUCAACCCCCCACGGACCAGAGGCUAAACCCAUCAGAUCAUCCUCCGGGCGCCUGCCGGCUAAAAGGAAGCUGGAUCUAGAGGACCCUCUUUACCUGCCAGAAUUCCGCACACCAAAAGGCAAAUGCGGCAUCGCAGCCAGGAUACCAAGUCCAAGGACUCCAAAGUCUCCAGGGGAGCGGACCCGCUACGACACCUCCUUGGGCUUGCUGACCAAGAAAUUUGUGGGUCUGAUCGCGGAGUCCCCGGAUGGAGUCCUUGACCUGAACUGGGCCACUGAGGUUCUGGAGGUCCAGAAGAGACGCAUUUAUGACAUCACCAACGUCCUGGAGGGAGUCCAGCUUAUCCGCAAGAAGUCCAAGAACAACAUCCAGUGGCUGGUUGGAGAUGUAUUUGAGGGUGGUGCAGGCGGAGGAGAGAAGGCUUGCACCCUGAGGAGAGAGCUUGGAGAGCUGGAGAGAGUAGAGCGAUCUCUGGAUGAACUGAUCCACUCCAGCACCACACAGCUCAAACAACUCACCGAAUACGAAGCUAAUAAGAAAUUGGGCUAUGUGACAUAUCAGGACAUCCGCUCCAUCGGCAGUCUCCGAGACCAGACAGUCAUUGCCGUCAAGGCCCCUGCUGACACUAAACUGGAGGUGCCAGACACGGCAGGGCAGGGGUCAUUACAGAUCUAUUUAAAGAGUAAGAAUGGCCCCAUUGAAGUCUAUCUGUGUCCAGAGGAGGGUCUUGAAGAUGCUAGCCCAGUUAAAAGCGCUGUCACCCCUAAAAAGGAGUUCCCUCAACCGCUCGGCCCUCCAAGUACAACCCCAAUGGGGCCACCAAGCUACAGCAUCAAAGAGGAGCCUGUUGAAUCCAACAUGUCUUCAGCAGCUCCAGCCACCUCCUCAGCUGCAGCCUCCAAUUCCGCGCUGCUGGACGUCGAGCGUCUGUUGGGUUUGCCCCCCAGCCUGCUCCAGAUCACAGAGGACCAGCUUCCUUGCACGUCAUUCGUCCCAGACCCCAACACCCCCUUUGUGAGUUUCUCACCGCCUCUGGACCACGACGAUUACCUCUGGAGCCUGGAGGAUGGCAAGGGAGUGUCAGAUUUCUUCGACACCUAUGAUCUUGGAGAACUGUUGAAGAGCUGAGGUGUAGAUGAUGGAGGGGGUGGGGGGGAAUUUGGGGAGAUUUGUGGGAAAUAUUUAAUUGAAUGCCUUCUUGAGGUAAGAAAUAUUACACUAUGAAGCCAUCACUGUUUGUUUUUACCUUGCUUGUUUUUCAAUAAUUCCAAAGGAGGAGUUACCCCCUUUGUUUAUUUUAAUAAAGUAUAAAUAAUUUGUACAUGUUAUUGUAAAAAAAAUGAUCGGACUGGAAGGCUGGGUGAGGUUGAGUGAAGCUGAGAUUGACACUGAAGUGUAAUCUCCAACCAUGAGGAAACACUGUUUAAAAAGCAGGGAUUUUUUUUGGAUUUAAUGUCUCCUUUUCAGAUUGCGCUACAAGGAUUGUAACAUACAACACAAGAGUUAUUAUGCAUAUCACAUCUCCAGCAACAAAAUCCGAUGCAUUUGAAUAUCAGGCGGGGUAUAUAGUCCGACAACUCAGGAAUUAGUUUUCUUCAUUGUUUCCAAAGUCUUAGCAUUGUGUGCCACUCUUUGGCCCGUAGGGGGCAUCCUUGUCUUAAGUCAGCUUUAACUGCCAUGCAGCUUUACACCAUUCAAUCACUGGAUAAACGAAAGCUAAAGCCAUCAAGAACCAUACACACGGUGUGUUUUUCAAGAGUCCGUCUACUUUUACAAUGAGCAAAUUAAGCUGUGAAUACUAGCGGUCCGUAGACCCACAAGCAUCUACAGCUUGAACACACACAAUCGGAUUUUCAAGGUGCUCGUGUUGCUUUUGUCUGAUCAGGUUUGCUCUCUCCUGCCUUGAGCUUUAUGUUGGGCCUUGUUUGGUGCUGCAGUGUGUGCCAAAAUGCGAUAGGCAGCUUUUGAAACCCAAUAGUGGACCCAGAUCCAGAGUCAAUGACUGAUAAUGGGUACUUUGUGAACACAUACAAUCUCUGACUGAGCAAGAGGGUCACACUCACUUUUGUUGGUUUGGCAGCUUUAUUUUAAAUCCAGGUGUUCCACUAUUGAUAAGAAUUUGUUGAAUUUAAUAGAAUAUUUUUUGAUUUAGUAGUGUGAAACUACUAUUGUAUUUCUUAGGAAAUGUCCCAAAAUAAAUUAAAAUGCAGCAUCUGUGUUGCAGGUGUGAUAAUAAAGGGGGGUUAAUUGAUGUUAUUAAGGUUUAAUUAGAGUAGUGUUUCCUCUUGUUCAGAAACGAAUGAAGUCUGUUGAUCUAGCAGCAAUAGAAACAAGAAGGAACUUAUAUCUUUAAUGUUAAAAUGUCAAGCCCAGGAAUGUUUUCCCACACGCGGUGGUGUAUCCUUUUAAAAUGUCAGACACCCGCAUUUUGAGCAGGUGUGACUUUUAUCUGUUAAAGUUUUUUUUCUAGGCGUUCUAGACAUUAAGAAAUUUGAAUUUCAUGCUGACAUAUUUUUUGGCUUUCCCUCUACACCGCUGCAGAGAUAAGCUAACUGUCCUGUCCUAACAAAACUUGAAAAUGUGUGUCUGUGUGUGAAUUUGACAGUUUGGGAAAUGGUUGUCAUGGUGUGUUUGUGUGUUUUUACAAUGUAGAUUAGAGGAUGUGAAUUCAAAAAUUGUAGUUUUUUUCAAUGAGCAUUAUUUUUUUGAUAUUUGUACAUAAUUUGUUUUGUAUUUAUAACUAUUUUUUCUGAAUUAUUUUGAAGG